CUGAGGGCCAGCCGAUAACGCAGAGCGCGCUCGGCUUUGACUCAUGGACGGUGCGCCGCUCCUCGCUCCGGGUCGGCCAGGGCGCGCCGGCGGUGGUGACCCCGUCGGCCGUGGACGAUAUGCGGCAGCAAUGUGGCGAUCUGGAGAUCGUUGACGACGACACGAUGGGUGACAUGAUGUCGAACUUCGGAGCCGGGGGAGGGAAGUCCUCGGUGGGACGCGCCCCGGUGAAGGGCGCGCCCAUCAGUGAACAGGAGGGGUGCAGUCUCAAGGAGCUCAUGUUCGGGUCGACCGGGAUUAGCUUUACGCCGGAGUGGACGCAACAAAACUUCGGCUUCAACAAAACCGAGAAUAUUACUUAUGGUAUCGUGCAGCAUAAGGGCGGCCCGUGUGGCGUGUUGGCCGUGGUGCAGGCGUACAUCAUGAAGGUGCUGCUGUUCGGCUCGCGCCUCUGCAACACGCCGCCGGUCUCCGACGCCCACGAGCCUGCGCCGGAGGAGCAGCGGGCGGCGCUGGCUGCCGCCAUCACCGAGAUCCUCUGGAAGUGCGGCCACGGCACCGGUGCCGUCGUCGCUCUCUCGUCGGGCCGCUCCCAGUUCCCGGGCGGCGGACGCUACAAGAGCGACGGCAUCACCGAGACGCUGCAGCUGCAGGCGUUCAGCGCGUCGGAGCCGCUGCUGGCGUACGUGCUGGAGCAGUUGCAACGCUUCCAGUCGGCGGACGGCUCCGGCUGCAUCCUGCUUACCUACUCGGCUGUGCUCUCCCGCGGGGUCGAAAAUGUGAAGAAGGACAUGGACGUUCCCACCAACACCGUGAUUGGUCGUCACGGCUACUGCACCCAAGAGCUGGUCAACCUCCUGCUGACCGGCAGCGCCGCCUCCAACGUCUUCAACGGGAUCGUGAAGCUGGGCGAGGGAAAAGACGUGACCGUGCUGCGCGGCGUCGACAACAAGAGUGAAAUCGGCCUCCUGUCUCUGUUCGAGCACUACAAGUCAUGCGAGGUGGGCUCCAACAUGAAGGCGCCCAUGUUGCCCAUCUGGGUGAUCCUGAGCGAGUCGCACUUCACCUGCUUGUUCGCCGCCGACCGGAGGCUGUGCGCCGACCCGCCGCUGGGCGGCAAGUUCGACCUCUUCUACUACGACAUGCUGGCCAGACAGGACGAUCAGAUUCGGCUGACAGUCGAAUACGGCGGGAACCCGAACGCGCCGGCGCCGCCUGCCAGGUCCGGCGACCUGGUGCCACCCCUGGAGCACUGUAUACGCACGCGCUGGGCCGGCGCCACCGUCAGCUGGAACGGCUACGAGCCGAUCCUCUGAGCCUCCGGCCGAGGCGCAUCUGACGGCGUGCUGCCGUCGACUGCUACCCGGUUCCUCCUGUCCGGCUCAUCGGCGCAUCUGAAGGCGUCCUGCCGUCGACUGCUACCCGGUGCCUCCUGCCCGGCUCAUCAGUGUUGCAGCAGCCGAACCAGCAGGAUCGACUCGGUGCAAAGGCAGGGACACGGACAUCGAAUGCCUCAGCGGGUUGGUCUUAUCUUGAUUGGCGGUAAGCUCUGCGUAGAAGACUAUGUAGGCAAGGAGACAUCAGUUAGCCCCAAAACCUGGAUUCCGUUCCUUGUGGUUGCUGGGCUAAAAACCACGUUUGCGGAGUUCCGUGACGUUCUCGCCUUGUGGCGCAUUCAACGGCCGGCGGGUCCUGACUCCGUAUUCAGCCAACUACUCACGGCGUAAUCGUGUAUGGCGGACUCCUCGAAGAAGAGCAUCCGUUCAUAGAGGCCGGGUUGUGGAAGAGCACUCCUUCCAGACAUCCCCGGGCGACAGGCCAGGAUCCACCUCCAGCUCCUCUUUCCAGCAGACUUUCUUUUAUGACGGAGAGCCAUGAAGGAGCAAGGGUAGAGAAAGGAGGUAGAGUCUGGACGUGCUGCCGAAGGCUGCGAAAAUGUUCUGAUGCAGUGCGUGAUAUUCUUCAACUCUGAUUCUCCGUUGUGAUAUGCUGACGGCCACUACAAUGACAAAUAUCUUGUUAUAACUUGCUAGGCUCAUCAUGGAUCAAUCUGCAACGGCGCCCAGCGUUAUCAGACGAGGUCAUUCCCUGGACCUUGCAAAUCGCAGCGGUAUGACUGAAAUAAUGAAAGGAUCAGAGAACUGCCUCUACCUGAGCCUAAUCAAUUCGAACGGAGCCGUCCGGUGAAUUAGCGGAUCAACGCAUGGCGUUGCACGCGUCUGUGUUCUCUCAGACAUGGCUCCUUUGUUUCAAAAGAGUUUGCUGUUUGGUCACGUCUGGCCGGACUGGAGAAGUUCUCGACGUGUGCGGCUGUGGCUCCAUGCCUGACGCCAUACCUGCGGUGCCUAUAUGCGAGCCUUCACAGACGCCUUCAGGUGGCCGAGACAAGGGACGUCCAAACACAGCAGGCAGCUCGGACUACCGCAAUUGCGACAGUUCCAGCAAUGAUGGAACGUCUUAUGCUGCCUUACUGGUUGACAAUGAACAAUAUGAGUGACUGAUUUUUUACGCCACAUUUUUCCCAUAUAAUUAGGGAGUUAGCCCCGUCCGGUAAGGUGUGGGUGGGCACGCCAGCAUCAAAACAUCUCGUGACCUUUUCUGCGAAUGUGAUGGAAGCCGUCCACUAGCUUAUAGUUUCUUGUCACCAGUGCUGUGCCUACCGCAAGUGUGUUGGAAAUAAAUACAUG